CAAGUUUCGUUAGAAAAUCGUCAGAAAUUAUUGGAACUGAUUUUUGAUCUUCCCGAAUCAAUUAUACAAGCAACAACAGAUGACGAAUUUGAAAGCAGAUUAACUGAACUAGAUGAAUUAUGGGAUGGAAUCAGAAGUGGUGGUGAAUUAUCCCAAGACGAUCGGUUUAAUUUUCACGAAUGGUUUGUAGAAUAUCAAGGUAAAAGUUUCCAACAACCUGUGAUAGCAGCUGUGAUAGCGCCUCAAAGAUAUGUUAGUCCAGAUUUUAAUAUCCCACUAACUGCGGGUAGAAAACCAGGCAAACGCAAUCGACGAGGGACCACUAGAUCUACCAGAACCGCAGCAACAUUAACAGCACGAUCCAA